UAAAAAGACUACAAUAAAUUUAGUAUAAUAACAUCCCAAUAUCAAGUCUGAGACUUGAAUUCUUAUGAAUUUGAGAUAUCAGUGUCCCCUAAUCAUCCAACCAGAGAUCACGUGAUCAAUGGUUUUGGACUUGACUGAUUUCCUAAAAAAAAAAAGAUUGGCCGACCCGCAUAGCCCAAAACCUAGCAUCUCACAAUAAACUCGCGUUCAAUUACACGGAAAAAAUGGGCCACCUGUAAAGCUGUGCAGAACUCCCUCUCUCGGCCUGUGGCCUCCGGACAACCAGUCAACCAGGGACGAGAGCGCGUCGCGCGCACGAGCAGGCGCCGGAGACAUGGCCACGGCGGCGCACGCGAGACGGCUGGCGCCCUCGCGCGACGACCCUUUGGCCGCCCCGACGUCGGGCAAGUCUCAGUUCGACCUCUCGUCGGGGGCGGCCACGGCCGUGGUGUUCCUCUCCAUCGUGCUCUGCUUCAUCCUGCUCUGCACCUACUGCCGCUGCGCUCGGCAGCGGGCCAUGGCGGCCGCGCGCGGCGGCCGUGCCAUGCGCCACGGCUUCCCGAGCGCCCUCCUCCGCCCAGCCGACGGCGCGGCGCUCCCCGUGGUGCGCUACGCCGACGCCGGCGCUUACGCUGGCGCCAAGAAGGGGCAGCAGCCCGAGGGGGACUGCCCCGUCUGCCUCGAGGCCUUCGGCGACGACGACGGCGUCAAGGUCGUCCCGGCGUGCGGCCACGUCUUCCACGCCCCCUGCAUCGACCGGUGGCUCGACGUGCGCAACUCAUGCCCCGUCUGCCGGUGCGUCGUGGUCUGCUACUACGCCGACCACGCAGGCCCGGAUGCCGGCCACGACGGCGACGACCAGGAGAUCGUCCUGGAGCGCGUGGUCGCCAUGAUCGAAGCGAUAAGAGAAGAGGAGGCCGCGGCGAGGCGCGCGCCGGCGACCGCGAGGGCGGGCGGGUGAUGACGCGUACGUGCCUGGGGUUGUACAGGCACAGCUAACCUUACUUGCAGAUUUCGGAGCGGCCACCGCAUGUUUCAAGACCAGUUCAGUUCACAAGCCAUGCUUCGAGUUUCAACCAAGAGCGGCAUGUUCAAAGCCUUGCCUUUGAACAUAGGAUUCUAUCAGCCGACCCAAACUUUCACUGAAGCUGCUGAGUGCCAAGGACAUUCGAAGGGCCACCGUAUUAAUGCAAUCUCUCAUUUCUUGAUCGGCAAAAUACCAGAUGCAGGCCAAGACUUCUCCAGGCACCAAUGCAUGAUCAUCAUCCCAGGUGGACCCAAACAACUGUUUUCCUCAAUGAUGACCUGACUGCCAACAGUUUCAGAUUGCCCAAUAAUCCCCUAUUUCUUUCUUCACUACUCACCUAAAUAAUUGUAGUUGGGAAGAACUAGACUAGUUAUCCCCAACUACAAUUAUUUAGGAACAGAGGGAGUACUAGAGAUAUCUUGUAACCAUUGCUUUGUUGGGUCCCAUUGUCACAUUCAAUCAGAGAAGCUAUGCAAAAUUAUGCUUGACAGAAUGCUGUCCUCAA